AGUGCUGUGGACAGCGGCAGGGCUGGGAGACACUGCCUAGACGGAGCGGCUGAGUGAAGGAGUCUGUCAUCAUGAACGACGUGGCCAUUGUGAAGGAGGGCUGGCUGCACAAGCGAGGUGAGUACAUCAAGACCUGGCGGCCACGCUACUUUCUGCUCAAGAAUGAUGGCACCUUCAUCGGCUACAAGGAGCGACCACAGGACGUGGACCAGCGAGAGUCCCCCCUCAACAACUUCUCAGUGGCACAAUGCCAGCUGAUGAAGACGGAGCGGCCCAGGCCUAACACCUUCAUUAUCCGCUGUCUGCAGUGGACCACAGUCAUUGAGCGUACAUUUCAUGUGGAGACUCCCGAAGAGAGGGAGGAAUGGACCACAGCCAUCCAGACAGUGGCAGAUGGACUCAAGAAACAGGAGGAGGAGAUGAUGGACUUCCGGUCAGGCUCACCCAGUGACAAUUCGGGGGCUGAGGAGAUGGAGGUGUCCCUAGCCAAGCCCAAGCACCGCGUGACCAUGAACGAGUUCGAGUACCUGAAACUCCUGGGUAAAGGUACCUUCGGGAAGGUGAUCCUGGUGAAGGAGAAGGCCACAGGCCGUUACUACGCCAUGAAGAUCCUGAAGAAGGAAGUCAUCGUGGCCAAGGACGAGGUGGCGCACACCCUCACCGAGAACCGUGUCCUCCAGAACUCCAGGCACCCGUUCCUGACGGCCCUGAAGUACUCCUUCCAGACGCACGACCGCCUCUGCUUCGUCAUGGAGUAUGCCAACGGGGGUGAGCUCUUCUUCCACCUGUCCCGAGAGCGCGUGUUCUCUGAGGAGCGGGCCCGCUUCUACGGCGCUGAGAUCGUGUCGGCUUUGGACUAUCUGCACUCGGAGAAGAACGUGGUCUACAGAGACCUCAAGCUGGAGAACCUUAUGCUGGACAAGGAUGGUCACAUCAAGAUCACAGACUUCGGGCUGUGCAAGGAGGGCAUUAAGGACGGUGCCACCAUGAAGACCUUUUGCGGCACGCCCGAGUACCUGGCCCCUGAGGUGUUGGAGGACAAUGACUACGGGCGUGCUGUGGACUGGUGGGGACUGGGCGUGGUCAUGUACGAGAUGCUGUGCGGCCGGCUGCCCUUCUACAACCAGGACCACGAGAAGCUCUUCGAGCUCAUCCUCAUGGAGGAGAUCCGCUUCCCGCGCACGCUCAGCCCCGAGGCCAAGUCCCUGCUCUCGGGGCUGCUCAAGAAGGACCCCAAGCAGCGGCUCGGCGGGGGCGCCGAGGACGCCAAGGAGAUCAUGCAGCACCGCUUCUUCGCCAGCAUCGUGUGGAAGGAUGUGUACGAGAAGAAGCUCAGCCCGCCCUUCAAGCCCCAGGUCACUUCGGAGACGGACACCCGCUAUUUCGACGAGGAGUUCACGGCUCAAAUGAUCACCAUCACGCCGCCUGACCAAGAUGACAACAUGGAGUGUGCGGACAGCGAGCGCAGACCCCACUUCCCUCAGUUCUCCUACUCGGCCAGCGGCACAGCCUGAGAGCGGCUCUGGUGACGCCUGGGCUGUGUCAGGAGCCUGGACGGCAGGCUCAUCCGGGCGUUGGCCAAUUGACGUGUAUUUAAUUUUAUUUCUCGCGCAUCU